GUUCUUCACGCUAUAUCGAGCGUAUCACGUAUCUCGAUCGACGUCGACGUCAAGUGUUCGUGCCUGACGUGAAAAGUAUAUCGAUGGUUAGAGUAAAUGCGCGAUGUUACGGUUAAAUAAACGGUGCGCGCAGAUUUUUGUUCAAACCGUUUCGUAAAUAAUUUAACGAGAAAGCGUUUCUUUGCUCGUACGUGCUGUCGUUUUGUUAUUUUACGUUUAUGUCAUUUUUCGCAAAAAACGAUUUCCAACAAUGCUGAUCCAGUACCCGUAUAUAAAGCAAAGAUUGCAGUUUGGCAAGCAAUGCAUUUUCAACUGUACCGAUUCCGUCGUGCACGAGAAUAUCCUGCCAGAUCCGAAACUUAUGCAACAUUACACGCGUGAGAAACACUGUAACCGUAGUGUACAGAAGUCCCAACAAUUCGCUCUUCAUGAGAUGCAAACCAACAGGAAGACAACAAAGGAGUGCGGCAUGUUACACUUGGAGGGUGGUUGGCCUAAGGAGAUAAACGUGAAGGACGAGGAAGCCGUGAUGAGAUUUCGCCGGCGUGUCGAGAAGGACGAGUAUUGGGCGCCGAGGAUGAAGAAGCUCACCGACCCUAUGGAGCACCUCAUACAACAAAAUAACAGAGUCAAUAUAUACGAGCACUACUUUGACGAUAUGAUACCAACAGCGCUCGUUCUUCCAUUUAAUAUAAGGAUUUCGAACCUGUACACAGACCCGCAAUCCAUUGUAAGACCAGUCAGCCACCUGUCGUGGUCACCCGGCACACAGAAUCGAUUGGUCGCUUCCUACUGUUUCACGGAGUUCGAAACAAAACCACCCAAUGUGAAUCCUUUCUCCUACAUAUGGGACAUCGAAAAUCCAAUCGCACCGGUAACGUGCCUGAGAUCCUCCUCGCCGGUAAUUAUCACCGAGUUUAAUCCGCUCGAUCCGUCGAUACUGAUUAGCGGGCUGAUGUCUGGCCAAGUGUGCAACUGGGACAUCCGGAUUGGGGAUAGGCCAGUGCAAAUGUCCCAUCGUCAGUUUAGCCACAGAAAUCCGGCGAACCAGGCGCUCUGGACCUAUUCCAAAACCAACAUGGAGUUCUUCUCGGCAUCUUUUGACGGUACGAUCAAAUGGUGGGAUAUCAGGAUGCUCAGGCAACCGAUCGACAUGUUAGUAAUGGAUCUGGUCGAUCCGCGUCGAGCGGAUGUCACUAGCGCGAUCGGUGUCACCGCUCUGCAGAUUGAGCCGACUACGAGCGAUAAAUUUCUAGUGGGCAUGGAGAACGGCGUAGUGAUCAACGUACAUCGAAGAAUGGUGAACCCAAUAGACAAACUAUCGACGAGAUUUAACUGUCACGUCGGUCCUGUCGUUGCCAUUGAUCGGAAUCCCUUCAUAUCAAAGAUAUUCUUCACCGUGGGCGACUGGACCGUCCAAAUCUGGACAGACGAUAUGAGAGACUAUAGUCUGCUCAGCAUCCGGGAACAAUACGCUGAUUUAAAGGGAGCCUGUUGGAGCAAAUCUAGGUACUCAAUGUUCUUCACUAUAAAUAAAAACGGCUUACUGGAAGUGUACGACAUUUUGAGUAAUAUGAAUACGUCGAAGACCGCGUUUCACAUCUGCAACGAGUGUCUCACAGCUAUCGUGCCUCAUGAGAACGGUCAAAUCCUGGCAAUCGGCACUCAUGAAGGCAAUAUAUAUCUAGUGAAAUGCUCCGAAGGUUACACCGUCAAUACAAAAAGCGACAGAACGAAUCUUAUCACUUAUUUUGAGAGAUCCCGUCGUUUCGAGAAGUUCGUCGAAAUGCGACUGAAAGAAGUACACGCGAUACAAGCUAGCGCUGUUGAUAUAGUAGCGGAGUCCAUAAUAUCAGUGUCAAAGAAAAAAGGAAACAAUCAAGAAAGAAGCAAGCUUCAGGUUAAAGAAAAGAAUGACCAAUUAAAAAGAAAGUUUCAGCCAAGAAAACUUGCGAAAAACGAUGUGUUCUUCGAAGAUCUGACAGAGACGGAAACGACGUUUUUUCAAACAGUUAACGCGCAACUUGCGAGCUAUCCGAGCUUGAUGGAUGAUUACGAAAGCGCAAAGAUAAUAAAUCUUCUUCAGGAAACACCGCGCAAGAAGAAGAAAUCAAGUUUGCACGAGUUAUCAAAGACAGAGAAAGAAGAGAAGCAUCUCGAGCCUGUUGUGAAAAAAAUAAAAUCACAAACAAAAUUUGUAUCCCCACAAAAAUACUUGAUGGAAGAAGAAAUUGAAGUUGAAGAAGUCGAGAAGACAAAAGCACCGCUUAAGAAAUCGAGAAAAAGACGUCAUGCUGAAGAGAUUUUGGAAAAAAUCUGCGUGGAAGUCUGCAAGCCGGAAAUCUGCUACGCGGAUGAAGAAGAAAAACGGAAGAUCAAAUUACGAGCUCGUGGUAUCUCGAAAGAAGAUGAAUCUGCGUUCUGGAAGAGAAAGAUAUUGAAGGAGAACAAAUUGCUGACGGACAAAUUCGCGGACGAAGUCGAAGCAGCCAAGAGGGAAGUGCGUGCCUGGAGACAGAGAGUCAUGUCGGGGAAACGUGACUUCUGGUCGCCCCGAGCAACUGAAGUUGUGUACGAGAAAUCAGAAAAGAAAAAGAGAGAAACCAGGAACGGCGCCGACGAGUCGCCUGUACGAAACGCGGAAGAGGGUAGAUCGGAUUUUCGGCAGCUUGCAGAAACGAGCUCGAAAUGGAAGUUCAGCAACAGCAGUGACGGUAAGGAUAAGACUUCGCAAACGCGAGAGAAAAGAAAGGUGGCAGAACCACAUCUCGAAAAGUACAUCCGAGAGUCAGAAACAUAUCCAUCUGAUGAGAUAACGUCAGAGACGAAGACGAUAACGGCGUCGACGCAGCACAAGUAGAAACAACAAUUAAUAAUUUCAUAUUUGUAACAUUACAAAUAAUAUACAUAUCAGUUGAAAUUUGCCAACCACGAAGUAAAAAUUUAAGUUAAACAUCUUGAAGAACGUCUUAAACGCUAUUUUUAAAAAAUGUUUUUUGAACAAAAAAUCAAAUUAUUAAGCUGUUCCUUUCACUUUAAAUAGCUCUAUAAAAAACCAAAAACCAAAGAAGAAGCUGACUGAGCGAGCACUCUCUACAUUUGAAUGGAAUCUCAAAACGUUUGAGUUAGUGCUUUGCAUAGAAAGAAAUGAAUCAAAUAGACUGCUUAGUGACAUGAGAUACUCGCUCGCGUACGAAUAUUAAAGCAAUUGAAAAAAGCGAAAUCAAGUCAGGAGAAGUUUUAAGAAUGAAGUCGCGCGAGACCCAAAGUAAAAAGUCAAACUCAAGAUGACGCACUAAUGGUUUCAUCUUGCCUCGCGAUCGAAGAAUAUUACGUAAAGAGAUUGCCAUCUCUCUUCGUUUGAACUCUCUUCGAGCAGCGCGAUAAGACUGUGACAAAAGCGACAAAAGAGACUGUGCACGAAAGGAUUAAGGUAAGGGAAAUAAGAGCAAGAGAAAGGUCAAAACUUGAGACGGUAAAUUGCCGAAAUUACCGCAAGGAUCAAAGACGCGCGCCAUUAAACUUUCUAUCCGAUUAAUCGAUUGCGCGGUGCUUCUCAAAUGCCGAAACGAAAGCGCAGAUGUGCAAAAUUGCAAUCACAGUAUGCAAUUCGCGCGUCUCCAAGAAAGACUUCGAAAUGAAUCUCGCGGAAAUGAAAAUAAGAUCUCGAUGCCGCUCUUUCUCUGAGAGACAAAAAAGUUCGCUAAAACAGAGAUAGAGUUUAAAAAUUCAAGCUCGUUGUUUAAUCUGCGAAAAACGUUCUCUCACAAAGUUUGCGGCGCAUCAGAAACGCCAGAGGAUUAAGCUAAUAUAAAUUAAAUUAUGGAAAUUAUCGCGAAUAAUACAAGGGUCACAUUUUCACUUAGUGAUAUAACAGGCAAAAAGACUUUGAGCAGACGAUAAGAAAACAAAUUUCUUCAUAAUUCAUUUCUUUGGCAAGAAUUUCAAAAUGAUAAACCGAUUGCGCGUAUAUCCAAAGAUGUAGCUUUUUGAUGUAUACGUAACAUCUAAAGUUCAUUCAAAUGCACAUUGUUACUAAAAUCCGCUAUGUAAUUUGUUGAGAUUAUAAAGAAUUAGUUGAAAGAGCCUCAAUCAAGAUGAAAAAGAACGUCGGAUGCGAUAAAAUAAUAUUCUAUUUUGUAACGUUAAGAAUAAACGACAAAGAUAGACCAAAGUGCAUUGCAAAGAGAAGUGCAGAUGGAAGAGUGAAGUAAAGGUAUUUCGCCGGUGAGCGUUCCAAGAAGCAUGUUUCAGGAAGAAACGCUACAACCAAGAGGUCAAUUAAUCAAUGCCGGAGUUGCGGAGAAGAGAUGACUGAGCAAAAGAAAAACGGAGAAGGGAAAGAAGAAAGAAGCGAGAUCUCGAAUAUGCAUUUUGCACAAAAUUGGCGAAUCACAGAAUGCGGAUCUCUGUCUGAGACAAGGGAGGAAAGUUCCGAGUGAAGAGUUUAAAAUGGAAAGUUUAGCAAAACCGAAAGCAAAUAGAUGGCGCUCAUGGAAGAAUCAUGAGAUGUUCCCUAUACUUUCCCGUGUGUAUAUUAUGAGAAACGUGCACAUUCGUAUGGAAAACCCGCGAGCUGAUUGAAGAAGUUCGUGUAAAGUAAUUUGACUUGUAAAAAAAGAGAAAGAGAACAUCUCUAAUCGAAACUAUUUUCACGUAGAGUAGAAACCGAUAAGUGUAUCCAAUUUUUCGGCAGCAAUCGACAAAAGUUCGUUAAUUGUUGCAAUUCUCAAAUAAGAAACUGUCGAUUUUUGUAUUAUGAAAUACGAAAUUUCUUGAUUUGCUGGUAUUGAAUACUUGCUUCUGGUUGGAAGAAAAAUAAAUCCUAGCAGAUGAAGCAAGUCCUCACGUCUCAUUAUUUCAAGAGAUUAAAAGCGUCGAAGAAUUCUACACUGGCCUAGUUUCGCGAUCGGUUAGGCAAAGGGUCUCGUUUGGAUUCUUUAUUUGGCCGGUAAAUCCGACUGGAAAACUACAGGUGUAGCACGGAUUAGCAAAUCGAUAGACACUCGAGAAGCGUAAUGUAGCGAAUCUUCCGCGUUGAAACUUGCCGCUCCCGUUUCGAGAUAAUUCCUGUUGAAAACUAUUUUCGCGCCAUUUGCAAAAUCAUCGUAAAUGCAGCUAAUAGAAGAAAUAAUAAAAUUGCGUAAAAUUCGUAAACCCAUGAACACUAUAAAUGUAU